CGGGAGCAGGGCGGGGCCUGGACACUAGGCGGCGGCGGCGGGCGUGGGGCAGCUUAGAUGCGCCACGGCUUCGGUAGCGACGGCAUCUCUUACUGCGCUUGAGCCGCUCUAACUCCUCCCUCAGGAGACCGUCGCUGUCGGCAGUCCGUGCUCUACGGUAACCAUGUGCGACCGAAAGGCCGUGAUCAAAAAUGCCGACAUGUCGGAGGAGAUGCAACAGGACUCGGUGGAGUGCGCUACUCAGGCGUUGGAGAAAUACAACAUAGAGAAGGACAUUGCGGCCCAUAUCAAGAAGGAAUUUGACAAGAAGUACAACCCCACCUGGCACUGCAUCGUGGGGAGAAACUUCGGUAGUUAUGUGACACAUGAAACUAAGCACUUCAUCUACUUCUACCUGGGCCAAGUGGCCAUUCUUCUGUUCAAGUCUGGUUAAAAGCAUGGACUGUCCACAUAACCCAGUGAUCCACCAAAAAACAAGGACUGCAGCCUAAAUUCCAAAUACCAGAGACUGAAAUCUUCAGCCUUGCUAAGGGAGCACCUCCAUCUUUGAACCUUUCUUGUGUUAUUUUGUACAGGGCCUUCUCUGUACUAGUUCGUUGUCGUUAUAAAACAGUUAGCAAAACGGCCUACAUUUGUAUUUAUUUUCUACUCCGUAUUUUCCCCCACCUUAUGUGUGUUCUUUCCUCACAAUCCAUUCCUUUCAAAAAAUAAUAAACCUGUUGGCGAUGUGU